UUGGCUUCCAUAAUUUGACACAGCGUUUCUGCUCAACUCAUCACUGUUAUCUUAAGCGUUCUUUGCUCAUCCAUUCUCAAAACCCUUUCAUUUUGUUGCUUUUGUCUUCCGUUAUCUUGUUUUCCUUUCUUUGUGUUUUGCUUGCUCUGUUGUUUCCUUCUCAUCUAUUGCCCUCCACCUCAAAAGUAUCGGCUUCUUACGUUCCUCUACUUUCCACCCAAAAAACCAGAAACCUUUCACUUUCAUUUUUAGUUGCCUCUUUGUUCAUAGCUAUAUAGCUAAUGGAGAAUGCCGCCGUCUCCAAUUUCUCAACGUUUUGAUUAUCUGGAUUGCUCACAUCGUUAUUCUUUUAUUGGUCUUGCUACUUUCAUUUUUGGGUCUGCUUGAUCCCCUGUUGUCUCUGUUCUUCUGUCAUUUGCUUUUCUUGUCUCUUGAAUUUUUUUAAAAAAAUGGAAGUUGGUACUAACGCUGCUGCCAACGUUUCUUCGGAGAUUGCGAAAGGCAUCUUCCAAGAAAUUAAACGCCAUAUCAGAUAUGUAUUCAGCUACAAGAAAAAUGUCGACAAGCUCGAGGAGAAACUUCAGAUGUUGAUGGCAAAAAGAACAAGUGUGAAGCUAGAGAUUGAGACUGCAGAAAGGAACGUGGAGAAGAUAAAACCGGACGUCAAGCUUUGGUGCGAUAGAGUGGACAAGGCAAUCAAUGAAGACGUGAAGGAAGUGAAGGAUCUUCAAGACAAAGCAAAGAACAAGUGCUUCAUUGGCAUGUGUCCCAAUAUUAAGUCUCGCUACCAGCUUAGCAGGAAGGCAGAAAAAUGUGUCAUGACUGUUGACGACCUUAUCCAACAAAAAGGUCAAUUUAACGGAGUGGGAUACCGUGAUGUUCCAGAAGCUAUAUUGGACGCAUCUCGUAAAGACUUUGAGACCUUCAAAUCAAGAGAAAAGGUCUUCAACGAUAUCAUGGAGGCAGUGAAAGAUGCUACUAUCAGCAUGAUAGGGGUGUACGGGUUGGCUGGUAUAGGCAAAACAUCACUAGUCAAGGAGGUUGCUAGACAAGUCCAAGAGCUUAAGGUAUUUGAUUCGGUGGUAACCGUAAAUGUGACUCAGACUCCUGACACUCAAAAAAUUCAAGAUCAAAUUGCAGAAUUAUUAAGUCUCAGACUGGAAGAUAAGAGUACGGUUGUAAGAGCACGUAGACUGUGUGAAAGGUUGAAGAAAGAGAAGAAGGUUCUUGUUAUUUUAGAUAAUAUUUGGAAGAAACUGGAUCUUGAGGAAGUUGGAAUUCCAUUUGGAAACCAACACAAGGGAUGCAAGAUAUUGCUGACGUCAAGAGAUCAAAAUGUUCUCUCCAAUGGGAUGGAUUCUCAGAAAACUUUUUCAAUUGGUGAUUUAGACGAUGAAGAGGCUUGGGACUUGUUUAGGAAGAUGGCUGGGGCCAGUGUCAAAAGUCCUGAGUUUCGAUCUACAGCAAUUGAGCUAGCCAAAAGAUGUGCAAGAUUGCCGCUGGCCAUUGCAACAGUUUCAAGGGCAUUGAGAAAUAAAAAUUUAUUUGCUUGGAAGGAUGCUUUACGGCAACUACAGAGGCUUUGCUCAGACAAGUUCAGUGGGAUAUCCGCCCCUGUAUAUUCAGCUAUAGAGUUGAGUUACAAUCAUUUAGAAAGUGAAGAACUUAAACAGGUUCUCCUGCUUUGCAGUCUAGUGCUUUGUGGUUCAAUUGAUGACUUGUUGAAAUAUGCCAUUGGUUUGGGUUUAAUUAAUGGUGUCAACAGCAUGAUGGAAGCACGAGAUAAGUUGUUAACAAUGGUGAGUAACCUCAAAGACUCGUGUUUGUUACUUGGUAGUAACACCAAUAACAGUUGUUUUGAUAUGCAUGAUCUUGUUCGUGAUGUCGCCAUGUCAAUAGCUUUUAAGGACAAUCACGUCCUUGUAUUAAAUGAGAAGCGUGUUUCGAAAGAUUGGCCUGAUGGAGAGACAAUGAAAAUGUGGAACAAGAUUUGUUUGAAUUCUCCUAAUAUUGGAGAGCUUCCUGACCAGUUGAAUUGUCCACAGCUUGUUCUUUUACUUAUCUUUAGCAAGGAUCCUUCCCUGAAAGUGCCACCUAACUUCUUUAGGGAAACAACAAAUCUUAAGGUCUUAGAUUUGACAUAUAUGCAUUUGUCUUCUUUACCUCCGUCAAUUUGUCUUCUAACUAGUCUUCUUACACUGUGUCUAGAUCAAUGUGAAUUUGGAGAUAUAGCCAUUAUUGGAAAGCUCAAGAAUUUAGAAAUUCUUAGCCUUUUGAAAUCUGAUAUCAAAAUACUACCUAAGGAAAUUGGGCAACUGGUUAAGUUGAAGUUAUUAGAUUUAAGUUAUUGUACUAAACUUAAAAUAAUUUCACCAGGCGUCUUAUCAAGUUUGUCCAAAUUAGAAGAAUUACAUAUGGGUGGCACUUUUAUUCAAUGGGAAGUAGGGGGCCAUGCCAACCAACGAAGCAAUGCUAGUCUUGCUGAAUUGAAAACACUGUCUAGUUUAACCACUUUAGAAAUCCAUAUUCCUGAUGUCGAGGCCAUGUUAGGGGUCUUGCUCUUUAAAGAGUUGCAAAAGUUGGAAAGAUACAAGAUUUUCAUAGGAAAGGAAUGGGAGUGGUUUGAUGAGUAUGAGUAUUCAAGGACUCUGAAGCUCAAAUUAAGUACAAGUAUUGAUCAUUUGGAUCAUGGAAUUAAGUUGCUAGUGAAGAAAACUGAAGCUUUAUAUUUAGAUGACCUUGAAAGUGUCACGAGUGCAAUGCAAGAGUUCAAAGAUGAAGAAAACUUAUCACAUUUGAAGAAUCUUCAUAUCCAAAAUGAUUCAGUGAUCAAAUAUAUCAUUAAUGAUAAUGGUGUAGUUGAUAAAAAUGAGUUUCUUCAAUUACAAUCUUUGACACUUCAAAAUCUAUCUAAGCUCAUUAGCUUUUGUUCUGAAGACGAAAACGGCUCAACCUCCAGGGUUCAACAUGAGUUGCCUUUAUUUAGUGAAAAGUCGUUGUUUCCUUGCUUGGAGAAUUUGCGGUUGUCCUCAAAAGUUGAAAGGACAUGGCAUGAUUCUUUCUGCAAUCAUGAGAAUUUGACAAGAUUGAUCAUCGAGGGGUGUGGCAACUUAAAACGUUUAUUAUCAUUUUCUAUGUCUAGGAAGCUUGUGCAUCUCAAAUGCUUUGAGAUAAUUGGAUGCAAGUGCUUAAGAGAGAUAAUUUUUGCAGAGGAUAUAGAGGAAGAAGCGAAAGAUAACAUUUUAUUUCCUCAAUUAAACUCUCUAAAGUUACAGCUUCAGCAUCUCAUUGGAUUUUGGUUAGGACAUCGGAAUAUUGAAUUUCCAUCCUUGAAGUCACUACAGAUAGAGAAAUGCCCAGCUAAAGGGUUCAUAUACGAAUCUACAAUGGAAGGGAGCCAAAGUUUUUCUAGUCAAGUUCUCUUUGACGAGAAGGUUGCUUUUCCUAGUUUGGAGAAAAUUUCUAUUUCUAUGAGAAACAUGAAGAUGAUAUGGCAGAACAGACUCGCUGCGAAUUCCUUUCACAAACUGCAAGAAAUGGAAGUUGAAGAAUGUGACGAGCUAUUGACCAUCUUUCCAUCUAAUAUGUUGAGAGCAUUUCAAGGACUGCAAACUCUAAAAGUUAACAAAUGUGUUUCGGUAGAAGAGGUGUUUGGUGGAAGGUCAAAUAUGGAAGAAACAGGUGCUGUCACCACUCAACUAAGAGAGUUGUAUAUUUGGGAUCUACCAAACCUUAAGAAUAUUUGGAAAAAUGAUCCCAAAGGAAUUUUUACAUUUGAAAAUCUGCGGUAAUACGGGCAGUGUUUGAGUCUGAAGAAUGUAUUUCCAGCCUCUGUAGCCAAAGUUCCACAACUUAGAGAUCUUCUGAUAGGUUUUUGCGGAGUGGAGGAGAUUGUUUCCAAGGAGGAACAAUUGGAAACGGCUGUCACUUUCGAGUUUGAUCAAUUAUCCUCCCUUUACCUUUAGCUACGAGAACUCAAAUGUUUCUACCCGGUGCAUGUGACAAAGUGGCCGAUGUUAAAAAAGUUAAAAGUACAUGACUCUGGCAGAAUAAAGAUAUUGGGCACAGAACGUCUAAGCAUUCCAGAUAUGGCUAAAGUCGAUGGACAACUUGAGUCCACAGUAAUCCAUCCACCCCUUUUGUUGGCAGAAAAGGUCAUCCCUAGAUUAGAAACAUUGUCAUUAAAUAGUGAUGACGUUGCGAUGGUAAAUGGUAGUGAAUUGUCAAGAAGCCUUUUUGGUGAAAUAAAAGUUCUUUGGGUAUGCAACAACCCUGGUAACUCAGUUGUUUCCCCAGUUACUUUCCUUGAAAGAUUUGACAAUCUAGAAAAGCUUGUGGUGAUUUGUUAUGAAUUCAAAGAGCUGUUCUGCAAUGAAAGAGAUGCUGGGACAAUACCGACGAUCAGAAGCUUAAAAUUGAUUCGUCUUCAUAAUCUCAAACGAUUAUGGAGUCAGGACGUACAAGUAGACCGCAUUCUCCCUAAUCUGGAAACUCUUAAAGUCUACCAUUGUGAAAAACUGAUUAGUUUAGGAUCAUCCUCAGCAUCAUUUCAAAAUCUGUUGACGUUGGAUGUGUGGAGCUGCAAAGCAAUGAUCUGCUUAGAUACAUCUUUAGCAAUCCAAAGUCUGGCCCAACUCAAAAAAUUGAGGAUAAUGGAGUGCAUUUCCAUGAAGGAAAUAGUUGGAAAUGAGGGUGAUGAAGCAACAUACAACAUUAGUUUCAGCAAGUUGAAAAGUUUGGAACUCCGUGAUUUACCACAAAUUAAAAGCUUUUGUUCAGGCAACCACACAUUUGGGUUCCCAUCUUUAGAAGAAGUAAUUGUGAGCAAAUGUCCCGAAUUGGAGAUUUUUUGUAAGGGAGUUUUAGAUGCCCCAAUGCUGCAAAGAGUGCAAGAAACACAUGAAGAUGAUAAGGGACAUUGGGGUGGUGACAUUAACACCACUGUCCAACAAUUGUACGCCGAAAAGGUUGGAUACAAAGGAGUGGAGUAUUUAGUACUCUCCGAAUUUUCUAAUUCAUUAGAAUUAUGGAAGCAAAACUUUCGAGGAGUUUUAGAUUUUGUAAAUCUUAUAUAUUUAGAAGUUUGCGACUGUAGUAGCUUGAAGUACAUAUUUACAGUUACCAUGGGUUUGGAGCUUCAGCAAUUGAGAGAGAUGAAAGUAAAAAAUUGCCCUAUGAUGGAGCAAAUUAUCACAAAUGAAGAAGCAGCAAAGAAUUCAAUUAAGUUACCCAGGCUUGAGUCUAUAACUGUUGAGUCAUGUUCCAACCUGAGGAGCUUUUGUUUGGGAAGUAUUACAAUGGAAUGUCCAUCUUUGCGAUCUAUCAAUGUAGAUAAUUGUCCACAAAUGUUAGCAUUCGCAUCUGCAUUUGUAGGAAAGCAGGAUAAAGAGAGAGUUGCACCCUUUUUCGAUGAUAAGCAGGUGGCUUUCCCUCAGUUAGAGGAAUUGAAAAUCAUACAUAUGGCAAACUGCAGGAAGAUAUGGCCUGAUCAGCUUGUUGGUGAUUCAUUUUUCAAGCUAAAUCUUCUCUGGGUGUACGAAUGCAAUGGACUUUUGAACAUUUUUCCACUUAGUAUGAGGGCAAGACUCCAAAAUCUAAAGGAUUUCCAAAUACGUGGUUGUGAGUCAUUAGAAGAAAUAUUUGAACCCCAAGCGCUCAAUGCUAGCGAAUUUCAUACAAUGACAGCCAUUCAAUCCAUUGUGGAAGAAACAACUACUAAUUUUGUAUUUCCUGCACUAACAUACCUUGAACUUCACAAGCUGCCAAGAUUGAGGAGUUUCUACUCUCGGAUACAUACUAUGGAGUGGCCAUCAUUAAAGAAAAUGUGGAUAUAUGGAUGUGAUAAAGUGGAGAUAUUUGCUUCACAAAAUCUUCUAAGUUCCGGAGAAUCAACAAAUCAGCAACCCCUGUUUUGGGUAAAUGAGGUUACAUUCCGCAAUCUAGAAGAAUUAACAUUGGAGUGCAAUGGCAUUAUGAAAGAGAUAUGGCAUGGACAGCUUAAAGCAGAGUGUGAUGGAGGGAAAGGAGGCAUUGUUUUUACCCGACUGAAGUCUUUGAAACUAAGUUGUCUACCAACAUUGGCUAGCUUCUGCUUAGGGGAUCAAAACUUUGAAUUCCCUACCCUCGAGAAAAUGAUUGUGAGAGAAUGCCCAAAGAUGAAGAUUUUCUGCCAAGGAGAUGUAAGCACACCACAAUUGCAAAAAGUGGCAUGGACCAAAAAUGAAGAUGAAGAAAAAGGGUGGUGGGAAAGUGACCUUAAAACUACUAUAAAACAAAUAUUUGAAGAAGGGAAUAUCGAAAAUUCUGAAGACAGUUGAAUUUGACCUUUAGUUGCUCAAGUUGGAAGAAGGAAAUAUUGUUUUUGUACUUGCGAGACUCUACAUGUUCCUUGGAUUGAAGUGAGAUGAUGACAGAAGAAUGAAUUGCACAAAUCGACUCCGCCGACGGUGGCGUGUCGCGGAGCUCUACAAAGGGUCGACAGAGAGCUCUCAAAACGCAACUUUAGAACCGCUCUCUCUCUCCUCAAAUACCUUCAACGCCAAACCGAUGGCCUCUGCGCCUUCAGCACCGCCAAAUAGGUACCUAAGAAGCUUUCGGACGAAUUGGUAAUCAACGAGGUCGAUAUAUCUUGUCCUAAACCAACGGUUGAUUUGGUGUCGGAUUCAAUUAAAAGAUGCAUUCAGUGUUCUUUACAAGAAGAGAUUUUAAGUAAUGAAAGCAAUGAUUGCUCCUAUUUUUUUGAACAUUACCGUCGUUUCUGUUUACAUCAUGAAGUUGGUCAUUGUCUAAUUGGUUAUUUGCUGGGGGUUCUUCCACAAGGUUAUAAAAUACCAAGCAUAGAGGAGUUGCAGGAUGAUAGAUUUGACGCUGGAAGUGUAGUCUUCACGAGAUUGAGUCUCUUCAAGUAAAAAAUUGUUGUGAUUACUUUUCUUCAGCCAGAGUUCGUAGCAUUUCGAACAAGUACUUUGACUUCCAAAAGAUCACUGAAGAUGAGAAAAGAAAUGUGGGAAGAGAGGAAUAACAGGCAUGCUAACCUUGACAUUUCUCAGAACUCAAGCUCUGUUCCCAAGACAAAGCCUCAUAGACUCUGAGCAAAUUUUCAUGCGUGGUCUUAGGAGGCCUAGUAGCUGAGCAUCUACAAAUUUGGAUGCAUAUAUAGAGGGACCCAAUGGCUGAUGUUAACAAGAAGCAUCUGGAUAAAGUACGUAGACGGUUGGGCUACACAGAAAGUCAAGCAGAUGAUCAAGUUAGACGUGCUGCACUGAAUGCUGUUUUAAUCUUGCACCGCUAUAAUGAAACUAGAUCAAGACUAGUGUAGGCAAUGGCAGUGGGGAGAUCAAUUGGCCAAUGUAUUAAUACAAUAGAGGGGGCUGUUGUUGGGAAGGAAACCUAGUUGGUAUGUUGACCAACAUCACAUUAAAUCAACUGAGUUUACCCUUUAGUUGCUCACGUUGGAAGAGUGAAAUAUUGUUUUUGUCAACUAAGUUUAGGGUAGCUGAACAACCCCCACAAUCAUCAUCUCGACUGUGAGAAAUUGAAUGCAAACUUUAUUAACUCUGCCCAAUUAUCAGAUUGGCUUUAGAAUUAUUUGAUUGGGGUUGAAUGAUCUGUGUUCAUCUCAGUUUUUGGCAUCGACUAAGAUGUAAAAACAUUUUUUGUGAUUUUCUCUUUUUUAAAUCCUGAAAUGUUUGUUGUUUUUUCUUUCAA